AUGGCGUCUGCUGCUCCUUCUCAUGUCACAGAGACCAUUGCCGACCGCAAAAAGCAGCGGGAAUUGGCCGAAGCCCGGCAAUCCGGUGCCAUGGCUCCGGCCGUCGACGUCAAGACGGGCGCCAUGAUCAAUCCACACAAUCCCGACUUUAUCACCAAACGACCCUGGUAUUUGGGAGGCAAUGAUACCGGACCAUCCUUGGACCAUCAAACGGUGGCCAAAGAUGCCAAGGACCGAGUGACACUGACCUUGAAUUCGGCCGAUUUGCUGGUCAAGGAAGAACGUCGCAAACUCAAGGAGAAACAAAAAAAGGGAAAAUUCGAAGCCGGCAUGUGGGUAGAGGCCAUGAGAAACAAUAAGGGACCAUAUCGAAUAUGUCAAAUCGUCAAGAUUGCCAAAAAGGGAACCCAAUUCGACCUCAAAUACGAAGACGGCAAGAUCGAACGCAAGGUCAAAUUCAAGCCCAGCAAGAAGAAACUAUUCAACAAACCACGCAUCCGCAUGACCAAGACGGGAGCUCGAUCCAUUCACAUUGAUGUGGAAAAGCAUGGCCACGAAAGUUAUGACUCGAAACGCGACACUUAUCAUGGAUACGAACACGAGACCCACACCAAACGCAUUGAAAAGACCUUUGCCGAAAGGGAAGAAAUGCGAAAGCAACUCCGAGAAAAGAAAAAGAAGGAACGCGCGGAAAAUCCAGAUGCUCAAAAGGAAAAAGAUGUCGUUUCCGAUUCGGACUUGGACUCGGAUGUCGAAAGUGGAGAUGAUUCCGAUGAUGACUUUGUCCAGAAUGAUGAAGCGGACAGAGUCUUGACCACGCGCCUUGCCCGUCAAGGUGGUGUGGGUGGUGCUCAAAUGAAGGUGACGGCUCGUAACUUGAGAAUUCGAGAAGAUACGGCCAAGUAUCUACGAAACUUGGAUGCCAACUCGGCGUAUUACGAUCCAAAGUCGAGGUCCAUGAGACAAAAUCCCAAUCCGGAAAUUCCCAACGACGAAGCGCAAUUUGCCGGAGACAAUUUUGCCCGCAUUUCGGGAGACGCUGUCAAUUUGGCACAGACGCAAAUGUUUGCCUGGGAUGCCACGGAAAAGUCGGGGACGGAAGAGUUGCAUCCACAAGCCAAUCCAUCGCAAGUGGAAUUGCUCAAGAAGAAAUUUCAAAAGAAGUCGGUAGAUUUGGCCGUGCAAAAGAAACGCAAGGUCCUGGACAAGUAUGGGGGACAAGAAUACUUGGACGGAUCGGGUGGAUUGGCAACGGCGGUCGACGAAGAAGAUAAUAAUGCUGCUGCUUCCAGACAACAAGACAAGAUUCGGUUUGGAGUCAGUACGGUCAAUCAAAAAUAUAGCCGAGAUGGUAGUAUACUCAAGGGAGGUUUGGCCAAACCCAAACAAGUGGCGCUCGAAUCCAAAUACGAAGAGGAUAUCCAUCCAAAUGGACACACCUCUGUAUGGGGAUCCUACUUUCAUAUGGGGGCCUUUUCGUGGGGGUAUGCUUGCGAUCACUCCUUAAUCAAGAAUUCCUAUGGAACUGGGUUGAAUGGACGCAAGGCCAAUGACAAAGCACUUUUGAUGAAAUACGGAACGGGUGUGGCUGGUUCUGCCGCCUUGGCGCAGGCAAGAGGCAUGCUCAAGGCCGCGCCUUCGGGACAACGAGGACAGGCAAAUGGCAAUUUUGAACCGCCUAACAAUCGAUCCAAACUAUAUGGCGAAGCGGAUCCAAAAGCCAAAAUUGACCAAAAUGAGGUCAAGGCUGCUUUGGAAGGUUACGACAAGAAACAAGAAAGCGAGGACACCCGCAAACGCAAGUACAAUUCGGUCGAGACUAAUGUGGAUGUCACGGAAGCCGAAAUGGAAGCCUAUCGGUUGCGCAAGGAGAAAUCGGCCGAUCCGAUGGCCAAGAUUAGUUCGGAUGAAUUGCUAGAUUAUAAAUAA